AUGGAUAAAUCGAGAAAAUUGAAAUUCCAGCGGCAUACAGCGCUCAAUGACAUUCAGUCCAUUUUUGAUUUGGGUAAUAGAGCAGUGUCGGACUUGAGUUUAAGAUCGUUGUUUAAAAUUAGAGUUAGUGAAAUAGAUUUGAUCAAGGACGAAUUUUUAAAGCAGCAUACAAGCAUUAUUAUUAAUGUUUUGUCGGUACCGGAUUCAGAUACGGGGGACGAAGAAAAAGUCCGAGAAUUAUUCUUGGACUUAUUCUACAAAAUAAAAGUUUUUGACGCGGAAUUCUUUGGGUCACCAUCUGAAAGUCCAGGUCCAGCGUCUUGUGCUUCCGGCGGAGCUCAUCCUUCGCACAUUCGCUUACCUCGUAUUGAUCUUCCGCAUUUUCAAGGAAAUUUUAUUAAUUUUGCAUCCUUUAUAGACCUUUAUAAUUCGAUAGUGCAUAACAAUGCAGCCCUAGGAAACAUAGAAAAAUUCAAAUAUUUGAAAGGUUGUUUAGACGGGACUCCGCUUAGCUUAAUUAGCAAUUUGCCCAUAACUAACGAUAAUUACCAAGUGGCUUAUGAUUUAAUUGUUAAACGGUACACAAAUGUUCGUCGUUGUGCGACCGCCCAUUGGGAUGCGAUAAUGUGCGUUCAAAAAAUCUCUGCGGUUAACUCGAAAAAUCUAGCUAAAUUAGUAGACACCUUUUUAGAAAAUUUAGCCGCAUUGAAAACUUUAGGCCUUCCCACUGAGCAUUGGGAUUUCAUUAUGUUCAAUUUGCUUUUGUCGAAAUUAGAUGUUGAUUCCAUUAAGCUAUUCGAGUUGGAAAAUAAGUCUAAUGAAAUUCCUUCAUUUAAAAAAUUAGUAGUGUUCAUCGAAACCCAAUACAUCGCGUAUGAUAAUUUAGACAGUAGUAUAGGUGAGGGAAAGAAGUCGUCGCGGGCCCCAAAUAACACGGAGCCAAAGGCCAACUCCAAGCACCAGACUGGUGAUUCAAGGCACAAUCGUAGUAGCUCGUCGUUCGUAACAAAUUCGUCUUCAUGUCUUAAUCAGGCUAACCAUUCAGUCAAGUCGUGUCCUAAAUCCUUCAAAUGUAGCAAAUGUAGUAGUCAUCUCCAUAAUAGUUUGUUACACUUCGAGAGAAACCGUUCCAAUAGUCAGUCGUCCUCAGAAAAUCAUAGUCCAGGGACAUCGGGAAUCGAAUCGUCUCCUGAAGUAUCCCAUUGUGCCGCUAGUUUUGUAGGAAAUAAAAAUGAAACCAAAAAGGAAAUCUUGCUCGGUACUGUUUUGGUUCAUGCGAUUGACAGUAAAGGGUGUAAACAACCCUUAAGAUGUCUUAUUGAUUCGGGUUCGAUGAGUUCGUUCAUUAGUCGAAAGGCUGCCAAUCGAUUGGGAUGGCCUAAAACUCCUUGCUCGUUCGAAGUUAACGGACUCAAUUCGAUGCAAACGAAACUGAAUCAGGGGCAAAUAAGUUUCUCUAUCCAACCUCGUCAUCUGGAGUCACCGGUGUUUCAUUUGGAGGCUAUUAUCACAGAUCGGGUUUGCUCGGAUUUGCCCAGCACCCAAAUAGAUAUUUCUGCUUGGAAUUAUAUUAAAAAUUUGAAGUUAGCUGAUCCCAAAUUUAAUUGUAGUCAAUCGGUCGAUUUGUUAAUUGGUUGUAGUAUAUUUUCGAAGUUGUUGUUAGAGGGUAAAAUUGAAGGUAAACCGGGACAACCUGAUGCCCUAAAUACCGUUUUUGGAUAUAUUUUGUUGGGCCCAACUAGCACACCUAACCUUUCGUCAACUUUUUCUUCUUCUUCGUCGCUUGUUUGUCUUUCAAAUGUGGAAGACUCGUUAGAUUCUUCGGUAAGGAAAUUUUGGGAACUGGAGAACAUACCGGAAGAGCCAGUUUCAGAACCGGAAGACGUUCUGUGCGAAACCAUUUAUCGGGAAACACAUAGUCGGGACGUCUCGGGAAAAUAUGUUGUGUCUUUGCCUUUUCGUGAAUCGCCGCCUUGUUUGAAAGAUAGCUAUGAUGUUGCUUUAAACAGAUUUAUUUCGUUGGAACGUCGCUUGUUUCGUCAGCCGGGGUUGCAAAAGGAUUAUUCGUCCCAUAUGCAGGAGUAUAUUGAUUUAGGUCAUAUGCAAUUGGUUCCUGAGGGCGAAAAGACAAAGGGAAAGUAUUAUAUCCCACAUCAUUGUGUUGUUAAAUCAGAAAGUGUCUCUACUAAAAUUCGAGUGGUAUAUAAUGCGUCUCAGAAAAGUCCCAGGCUUGAGGUUCCUCCAUCAUUGCGGGAAAAAUCCCCUUCGGAAGAGGUAAAGAAAAGUUUAGUGUUUGUUUCCACUCGUGAGGAACAUUUUUUGUCUUGUUUGUUAGAAAACCAAUCGUCUUUUACCUCUAUCCAAAGAAUUUUGGCCUUUAUGUUGCGAUUCGCGCACAACUCUCGUUUGAAAAGGUCAAGACGUGUAGGACCCUUGAGUUCAGUAGAAUUGGAAAGCUCGUUAAUUAUUCUUGUUAGGUUUACACAGGAACAGUAUUUUGAAGACCAGCUUCAGUCGAACUCGUUUCCAAAACCAUUUCGCAAAUUAGGAGUAUUUUUAGAUGAUGAUACUCAGUGUUUAAGAGUAGGUGGUCGUCUAUCGCAGUCUUCCUUGUCGUAUGAGGCAAAACACCCCUUUUUGUUACCAAAGAAAUCUCGUCUUACGACUCUCCUAGUUCGUCAUUAUCAUGAAAAGUACUUACAUGCUGGAUUUAAGAGUACUCAAUUUUUGAUGAGUCAAAGGUUUUGGAUAUUGUCUUCUAAGCAGUCCGUUAAUUCAGUCUUGUCUAAGUGCAUUAGAUGUUGGAAGCAAUCUCCUAGGGCUUUACAGCCCCCUAUGGCUAGUAAUGGACCUGGAGAUUCUUAUAGCCAGCCAGUUUCGCAAACCAACAUACAGGGUGUAGCAGAUACAAAUAUGCAAGUACAACAAUUUAUUAAUUCUCAACCAAUAACUCAAGCAGCAUUGAAUAAUAAUAAUUCUUGUUUAUCUCAUCAACAUUUUGAUGCUUCUCAAGCAAAUUCCACUCAGCAGGUACCAAUUAAUCAACAAAAUUACAUACAUCAGGUACCAAUGAUCCAAAAAUCACAACAUAUACCAUCAACCAGUCAGAAAUAUUAUCACAGAUUGUCCUCUACAAGUGACGAUGAGCAGCUAGAACAACACGCAGCCAACGAGAACGAAUGGCAACAAAAUGCUAUGUCGAGUCCAGAAACUACUAUCGAAGGGUCGAGAGUAAACGGCUCUGACGUCACGAGGGGUCUACUUGCAUCGAGAAGGUUCCCCCGAAAUCUAGAACCAGAGACGGACCAUUCGAUAGUAGUUUCUAGACCCGACAGAUCGUUUCUGCCAGGGUAUUCGUGA